AUGUCAUCUCUAAGUCAUAUCAACUUUGAUAUUGACUCUUUACAAGAGUAUGAUCAUAGUACUGGUGGGGUAAAGUAUCAAAAAGACAGAGUAAAUCAAUUAUUAGAAAGAGAAGGAGUAAUGAUGGGAGGAGGAGGAGAUACAGGUGGAUUUAAUGAUCCAAAUAGAAUAGUAGAUGAUACACCAAUGUUUCAAUUAGAACAAGUUCAAUAUAACCCAAAGGGAGUACAUUCAAUGACUAUUAGAGUUGGACAACCCAUCAGAGAUUGA